GUAGAAUACGAGGGUUUGAAGCACGAAAUUAAAGUCCUUGAGGAGGAGACGGUGCUCCUCAACAGCCAGCUAGAGGACGCCUUGCGUUUGAAAGACAUUUCUGAGGGCCAGUUAGAUGAGGCACUGGACGCGCUGAAGAAUGAGAGAGAACAAAAGAACAACCUGAGAAAGGAACUUUCCCAUCAUCUCAGCCUGACAGACAGCGUGUAUGGACCCAGCACCCACCUGACCAUCUCUGCCGUGGAGGGGCUGAAGUUUUCAGAUGAGACAGCAAACAUUUCUGCCUCCGGGUCAAGUCCCAAUAAUGAGGAUAGUAACCGGUGUAAUGAGUCUAAUGGGCACGGACUGAAGUUGAAUGGUGAAUUCCAUCGACCUGGAGGCAGAAAAGGCGAAGUGCUGCACCCUGUAUCUGAUCUCUUCAGUGAGCUGAACCUGUCCGAGAUACAGAAACUCAAACAACAGCUAUUGCAGGUGGAGCGAGAAAAGGCAUCUCUGCUUACCAACCUGCAGGAGUCUCAAACUCAACUACAACAUACACAGGGUGCUUUAACAGAGCAGCACAUGCGCGUUCACCGCCUCACCGAAAGUGUCAAUGCCAUGAAGCGUCUCCAUAGCGACAAGGAGUUUGACACGGAGGAGACCGAAAAGUGUGAUGGGCUCUUUAACGGUUGCUGUGAGUAUGAGACGGACACCAAUGGAAUAGAGAUCCUAGAGUGUAAAUAUCGAGUCGCCGUUACUGAGGUCAUUGACUUGAAGGCAGAGCUUAAAGCCUUAAAAGAAAAGUAUAACCAAUCUGUGGAGAGCCAAUCAGAAGAGUGCAACCGCAGAGAAGGAAAGGUCAAAGCUCUGGAAGAGCAGGUGAAGCGUUUGGAGAAAGCUUGCCGUGAGGGCAGAGAGCGUGUUAAUAGCCUGGAAGCGGAGCUUCAGGGCACUUUGGGUGUGGCUAAUGAGAGUAACAGUAUGUUGAAUGCUGCUCAGGAUGAGCUGGUUACGUUUAGCGAGGAACUCGCUCAGCUUUACCAUCACGUCUGCUUGUGCAACAACGAGACGCCAAAUCGCGUCAUGCUGGACUACUACCGUCAGAGCAAAGUCACGCGAAGCGGAAGUCUCAAAGGCACGGAUGACCCAAGAGCCCUGCUUUCUCCACGGCUAGCUCGCCGUCUUGCUGCCAUUAACUCAUCAGACAUGUCCAAGAGUCCUCAAGAUUCUCCAUCAAAGGAACCCAUGGGAGAAGGAUCGGGAAGUCCCAACAAAACCCCAUUCGGUUCCCCAGUCCACUCUUCAUUACUCUCCGCCUCCCCGGUGCCAGAGACCGGAGAUCUCCGCAAGGAGCCCAUGAACAUCUACAACCUUAACGCCAUCAUCCGUGACCAGAUUAAACAUCUGCAGAAGGCCGUCGACAGAUCGCUCCAGCUGUCCAGGCAGAGAGCUGCAGCACAAGAGUUGGCGCCCAUUUUGGAUAAAGACAAGGAAGCCUGCAUGGAGGAGAUCUUGAAGCUCAAAUCCCUCCUGAGCACCAAGAGAGAGCAGAUUGCCACCUUACGCCUUGUCCUCAAAGCCAAUAAACAGACGGCAGAGGUGGCCUUGGCUAACCUGAAGAGUAAAUAUGAGAACGAGAAGACCAUGGUGGUGGAGACAAUGAUGAAGCUUAGAAAUGAACUGAAGGCUCUUAAAGAAGACGCAGCUACCUUUUCCUCACUGAGGGCGAUGUUUGCCACAAGAUGUGAUGAGUAUGUUACUCAACUAGAUGAGAUGCAGAGGCAGCUGGCAGCCGCAGAAGAUGAAAAGAAAACUCUGAACUCGCUGCUCCGUAUGGCCAUUCAACAGAAACUGGCGCUGACCCAGCGGCUGGAGGACCUGGAAUUCGACAACGAGCAGUCACGCUCUGGCCGCGGAGGGAAAUCGGUACGAUUCAGGAGCAGCCCUCAAAAAUUUCUCUUAGAUUGUCACCAGUCUGCUGUCUCAGUACCGUCCACCUCCUCACAACUGAGACAUGGGGGGCCAUCGACAGGCAAAAGUAGUCCUAAUGUUUUGUUAGCUCUUCAAGAUGACCAGACACCUGAGACCAGAUCCAGACUUCCAUGUGACCCUUUCAAGUGUCUGGCCCAUCACUCUCACCUUGUUGGAUAGGAGGGGGGCACAUCAGCAACCCAGCCAAUCAGGAGCUCCUCUUGUUGUGUGAUCCUGUCCUAACUUUACCCUCAAACACUGAGACCCAUGAAUAGGUUGUAAUUAAUGCUUAGGGUAAAUAUAGGAAAAUUGUUUAUUUGCACUUAUUUUACACUUUAUCUAUUUAUCUUAUUUAUUUUUCUAUUUAAACUUAUUUAUUUGUUUAAGUAAGGUGCGUAUGAUAUGGAUUUACUUACAGUUCUGCUCCAAAAAAGCCCUUUUUACUUUAUUGACUAUAAUCUGUCUGUAAA